GCCUGAGGCGGGAGGGAAGGAGAAUUACGCACGCGCACUGUUGCCGAGAGUUCACACGCGCGCUUCGAAACCGCGGUGCGCCUCCACGUGUACGCUAGCGUUGCCCUCUUCGCCCGCGCGCCUCGCCCCGCGCGCGGGUCGGACAUUCCAACCAACCUUCAACAAACGCGCGCCGUCUAUCGUGUGGUAGGUAUAUAAUAUACGUUAUAAUAGCGUUAUGCUUGUGUAACAACUACAAAUACCCGUACACAUACAUUAUGAGUGUGUAUGAAAACAAUUUACUUGCUUAUCCAAAAUAUUGAAUUCUAAUGUGAUAUUCUGAGCAUUCUCAUAUCGGUACUACUUUGCAUGAAUGUCAAAUGUUAUUUUUAAUAUAGAUCUUGGGUUAAUAAACAAAGUGGUUCCUGGUAACACACUUGUACCUACCCACUUAACGGAUGGAUGCAUAAUAAUUGCGUUCAUCGGUCCUUUUAGGUAGGUAUGCUUUCAUGAUUGGGCUCAAAAAAAGGUUAAAAUGAUCUCGAGUCCAAGGUAAAUCCGAUUGUGGUUUAUCUAAAAAUCUUUUAUCCACAUAUAAUAUCAUUUUCUACAAUAUUAAAUAACGAAUUUCCUAGCUUGCCUUGGUACCCUAGCUGUGCCCGGUUUAAGCCCAUACAACACCCUAACUCGAAUUAUGUAGGUGUAUGUUCAAUAUUUUGCGGUCUAAAUAAAGCAGAACACAAAAUACAUUUUGCUCACAAGUAGGAGAUCAAUGGCUAUAUUCAUUUGCUUUAACAGUAAGAAUAAACGUAUAAAAAGCUUACAGGGCUUUUUCAACACAGUGACCUGUAGCGGAAAAUAUAUAAAAGAGGGUGGAGAAAUGGCAAAAUAUAAAAGUAAGGAAAAGCGUUAUUUUAUUGCUCCCGCUCACUCUCGUGUUUCGCAACGCACCGAUAUUCCGCUCCGCCCUGCUCUGAGCCAGGAGCGAACGGCAACUCGACUAACGCCGAAGCGCGCGGCAUUCAGCUGCUGACGGUCGAGUGAGUGUGUCGUUAUAGUUGCUCGCUGUCAGACCUUUGUACACAACCUACGCCAACAUUAACUACGUUGAACCUUGAUAGAAAAAUCAUCAUCAUUGUGUAAUAUGAUAGGUGAGGAGGAACGAGUCCACCAAUGUGGGGAAUGUGGGCUAACAUUGUCUACUCGAAGUGCACUAACAGCACACGCAAGAUCUCAUCGUGCCACCGCAGAUGCACAUCGCUGCGACGUCUGCCACAAAACCUUCGCUGUGCCUGCAAGACUAGUGCGUCAUUAUCGGACCCAUACCGGUGAACGGCCAUUCGAAUGUGAAUAUUGUCACAAGAUGUUUAGUGUCAAGGAGAACCUGCAAGUGCAUCGCCGUAUCCAUACUAAGGAGCGACCUUAUCGAUGUGGUGUGUGUGACGCUGCCUUUGAACACUCCGGAAAACUGCACCGCCACGCUCGCAUACAUACUGGAGAACGGCCCCAUGCCUGUCCCCAUUGCCACAAAACUUUUAUUCAGUCCGGCCAACUGGUGAUUCAUCUACGGACACACACAGGUGAAAAACCAUACCGUUGCCCGGCACCUGGCUGCGGUAAAGGAUUUACUUGUUCAAAACAACUGAAAGUGCACUCACGUACACAUACUGGUGAACGUCCUUACACUUGUGAUAUAUGCUUGCGUGAUUUCGGCUACAAUCAUGUCUUGAAAUUGCACCGUUUUCAACAUUACGGCGAACGAUGCUACCGUUGCACAGUUUGCGAUGGCACAUUUAAUACCAAAAAACAGAUGGAAGCACAUAUAUAUAAGGAACACGGCGCGGAUACACCGCGCACUCAACAGAUGCCUUCUACAGGUUCUUUAGUGGUAAACGGAAAUGUAAUGUGUGAUUUGGUUGAAGCCGCUCUGCAACAGUUACCCCCAACACCUCCCAGUUCGCCGCCGUCCCCGCAAUGCCCCGCCACGCCUUCCGCUUCCACUGCAGCUUCCUUCCCAUCUCCCUCGCCGUCGCCGGCACUUACGGCUUCGGUACAAUACACUCUUGCCCCGUCCUCCUUACCGCCUCGGAAGAGAAAACUUAUUCCUCAACCUGAACCUGAGGUCCCGAUUGUCCGGCACACUUCAGUCAUACAAUUUGCACCUGCAGCCGCAUUGGACUCAUAGUAGGAUAGUCUUUGUAGCAUAGAAGGCUUGACCGAUUAUUACCUAAUAUGGUAUUUUCUUAGCGUAAUUUGAUCCAGGCUUUUUUUCAAUUAAGUGGCUGUAUGUAUGAGAUUGUAUUGUAGUGGUAGUGUAAUGUGACUUGAGUAUGAAUAUGCGAUAGUUAAUUGAAAAACGAUUAUGUGUAUGAUACGGAUUGAUUGUAGAAAUAUUAUAAUUAAGAGUUGAGGAAAAGACUAAACAACCUACUUUUAAGUGCAUUUGUGCCGUUAUUGUUAGCAAAAUAAGUUUUUAUAUUUAUCAUGUAUCUAUGUGUAAGACUAGUAAGAAUAAAGUACAACAUUGUAUUUAUGUGAA